AUGGUCAAGGCGGCUUUGGUGAAGUGUGACAGUGGCUGGUUUCAUGCGGAGGCGGUUGCGAAUUGUGUGUGUGUGUGUGUGCGUGGUUAG